UGAGUAUUGUGUGACGAUGUGCGCAUUACUUUCACUUUAGAAGUCCUGCUUUUAGGCAAGCAGGUUUGUUCAGAGUUUCAUUUUCACCACAGCUACUCUCAUGAUCAUCAUUAUCAUCACCUGUGAGUCAAGCAAAAGUGAAUUCAAUGACCUACGUGCACCAAAAACCCACUGACUGUUACAUCAACAUCUCAGAGUUUGAUGAUGAUGAUGAUGAUGAUAAAGCUAACGGCAUCUCGCUGCCUGAAGUCACAUGUCUCUGCUGCUAUGAUGUGUUGCUGGAUCCCACCACGCUGAGCUGUGGACACAGUUUCUGUCGUCACUGUCUCGCCAUGUGGGUGCAGUCCUCCAGGAAGGCCAUGUGUCCGACCUGUCGCAGGAUCUGGCAUGGUUUCCCCAAAGUCAACAUCUCAUUCAGAGAUUUGGUGGAGAAACAUUUCCAGGCCAACGUAGAGAGAAGACGACAGAGCAUCAUGGCUGACCCGCGUAUCGUUCAGUCUCUGCAAGUAUUCGAGCAAGCUGAGCAUGUGAUUCGCUGUCGAGCUACUCGGCCCCCUGUGCAAUGGUACCCCUGGCUGGGCCCCGGAGGAUUCUUUUCUGGAGUGCUCAUCACUCUCACUUUUACUACUGUGGUAUUUCUGGUGUAUCACUGGAGUGCAGGAGAUUUGAAGGUGGAGCGUCUGGUGAAGAAGCCGCUUGAGGCGUGGACACCUGAUGAGGUGGACAUGUGGAUGGAGAACCUGGGAACGUGGAUGUCUCCUUACAGAGAUAUCUUCCUUAAGGAGCAGGUUAAUGGCAGGUUGUUAAAUGCACUAGGAGAACAGGAUUUAUUAAAGCCUCCAUAUGGAAUAGAAAAUGAGCUCCACAGACGUGCGUUACUGAAAGAAGUUCACCGUGUGCAGGAACUCGGCUUCAAACGGCCUCAAAAUCUCUGGGAGUACAAGGCAGUAAAUGGAGGGAAGUCUUUAUUUUUCCUUUACACCAUGACCGACUCGCCACGUCUCGCCCUCCUCUACAUGUACUUCUUCGAUUAUUACGACUCGUUCCUGCCCUUCAUUCAUGUCAGCUGUCCAUCAGUGCAGAAGAAGAGUUCAGGAGACGACGUGCCCUUUAGGAACCUGGACAACCCUGAUUGGAAACAGUGGUUGUCGUUUGCAGUGCAGUUCUUCCUUCUGCCCCAUCAGCUGAGUUAUGACUUUGUGUGGGAUUGGGAGAGCGUUCACUACUGGACAUCACGCAUCAUCAUGUGGAACUGUUUUAUGCUCACACUGCGAGAAGGUCAAAUACUGUGGAAUCUCCGAAGACAAAUUCACCUCAGGAUGAUCCUGAGCCUGUUCUUCUGCCAUGUGUGUAUCAUUGGAGCGUUCUGUUUCGUCGGUCUGCUCUUCUGGAACAUUCUGCAUCAGUUUUUUUGGGAUUGUUUGUUCUACUGGUUACUUUACUUCCUCCCUUUCUGCAGUACAAUCACAGUUCUGUUUCCACUUCUAAGACAAUUGUGUCCAUAUGUACAUAAUCAACAAUAACACACACAGUAUGCUGAAUGAGCAGUGUUCCAUGAACUCCUCAUUAAGAAAAAAAAUAAUAUAAGGAAUGAUUCACACAUUUAACAACUGUAAAAGAUCAUGAGUUUGAUAAAUUAUUGUAUUAUGUAUGAUUUUCAAAUUACUUGAUAUGUUCUUAA